AUGGGAGAACUUCUGAAUGUUGUGGGAAUGCCAGAUGUGCAGCUGGUGUCUACAGUACCAACACCAGCAUCCACUCCUGAACCAGACUCGACAGAGCUGCUGUCAGAACCCCUGAUCUUUUCAAGCGUCUUUCUUCAGCUUUUUCUUCCAAUGAAAACCAUCAGGGAUCUGCUUUAUCAAGUUUCCUGUGGGCACACCGGCUACCAGACCAAUCCCACCCACACCACGGUGGCCACACCCUCACCUCCUCCAGCCAAUCAGAGCCCAGAUUCAGCCAGCCUGCAGAACCACCCGUGGGGAGGACCAGAGCUCCCCCUGGAGGAGGAAGAACCGCACAGCGAGAGGCAGAAACAGCCUUCAGCAUCAGUUGUGACGUCAGUAGCCCAAGAGAGUGAUGAGGAAGAAUCAGUCAUCCAUUCAUUUCCACCUCUCCCCUCCAAACCCAAGACUUCCUCACCUCCUCUUCCUCCUGUGAGCCAGGAACCUCCUCCUUCUGCCCCCCUCGAAUCCUUCUCUUCCUCGCACUACACAGAAGAGAGUUACUCUAGUUCUAUAGUGAGACAGUCACGGAGACACAGAUGCCAGCCAGACACACAUCUCAGGGAGAGCUGCGGCUCACUCAAAGCCAGAUGGAGGCAGUCAGAAGUACACGAUCGGUCCAACACACACUCACACAGCCAGACUGAUCCAAUACCACACUGGCUGCAGAAGCAGCUGCCCUCUAAGGACAAAAUGGAUGAGGAAGGAGUCCUUCUGUCUAAUGUGAUGACCAGCCUGAACAGUUCCCUGCAUGGAGUCCAAGAUAUGGUAAUUUAUUAAGCGAAAAGUGGAAUGAAAUAAUAAGACUGUCGUGGUUAAACAUGAACUGACAAUUUCAGCUUGGGGUUUGAGAUUUCAGCCAGAGUUUAGAGGUCCAAUCCCAAUGAGAACUGGGGAGACAGCUGAUAUAACAAUCAUCUGUGAUGAUUAGGAUCGCGAAAACUGCUAAAUCUGAUCAGUAUUUCCAUUUCAUUUUGGAUUGUGGAAGUGUAGAAAAAACCUCAUACAGUGAUUGUAAUUGUUAAACAACACAUUGUACAUCACAAAUAUUUUCUUUUUAAACAUGAAGAAAAAACUAA